AUGAUUGCAGCUUAUUUAUGGAAUAGAAAAUAUUUUCUAAGGGCUUAUUUACUUUUUUUUUCUUCACUACUUCUUAUGUGGUAUGAAAGCUCAACAAGAAUUAGUAUGUCAAUAUUUGUAGCUGAAUAUAAUCAAAUAUUAUCAGAUUGUGUGACUGCAAGGAUUAAAUGUGAAGUUUAUGAAACUACAAUGGUUGUUAUAAAGGGUAUUGUUCCUAUUGCUUUAUCUUUGGCUGUAUGCUAUUCUAUUAAUUCAUAUGUUGUAAAUGUAUUUAUUUUUUAUUGGCGUCAAGCUCUCUCAGAAUAUUAUUUAUCUUCAUGGCCAUUAGUUAGGGGUAUUGAAGGUGCAUCUCAACGUAUACAAGAAGAUACUAAAGCUUGGGCAAAAUUAUGUCAGGCUACUAUUACUGAUUUAAUUCAAAACUUAAUGAUGGGUAUUCAAAUCCUUCCAAAAUUAAUUGAAUUAGCAUCUUCUGUUCCUGAAAUAUUUAUAUUUGGGAAAGUAAAAUAUGCAGCUCUUUACCCUCCAACUUUACUUUUUCUUGCUCAAUUUCUUGUUAUUCUUUUAACAAGUGUUAAACUUCCAUAUUUACAUUAUGAAAAUCAAAAAAUUGAAGCAGCACUUCGUAAGGAACUUGUAUUAGCUGAAGAUAAUAAUAAUUCAAUUGAUAACAAUUUAAUUAAAUCUAUAACAAGUGAUUUACAAAGAAAUUAUUAUGCUACAUUCAGAUGGAAUUUUCCAUUUGCUUUUGGUAAUCUUGCAUGUAGAGAAGCAAUGAUUUUUAUUGGUAGUAUUUUUUUAUGGCCAUCUUUUUUUUCUGGAACAAUGACUAUUUCAGAUUAUUAUAGUUUAGAUCUAUAUAUGAUGCAACUUUUAAAUGUAUUACAAGUGAUUCAAAGAAGAUGGAGAGAAUUUACGGAGAUAAUGGCUAUAUAUAGACGUUUAAGUGAUUUUGAAAAUAAAAUUAUAGCAAAUAAAAAUAGUAAUGUAGAUAAUAUGGAAAAAAUUGGACUUUUAGAUGUAAAUUUAGAAUAA